AUGCUGGAGCUCUUCAGAGGAGCAACGGCAUUGAUCGAUGAGAUUGACUGGGUGAUGCACCCUUUGAAGAGCGAGCUGCAUUGGCCCUGCGGUCCAGUUCGCGCAACCUGCCCAGAGUCUGGGUCGAGGUGGCGAAUCAUGGGAUGCCUGGUGGAUGCUGUCCAAGAGAUGGGCAGCAGUCUCCACACGGCAUUUGAGGCGGGUGUUCGCGAGCACAAGAUGAUGAUGAAACCAAACCCAGUAGUACUGGACAGAAGGUGGUAUUACGUGCGGCUGCUGCCGCUCUUGGCAACCGAACUCGCGAGUUUUCUGGGACCGCGCACACCGGUGCCACGAGAGGAGUUGCUCUCAUUUUUUGGUCCGGAAGGGCGCUGUGGUCCCACUUUGACAAGGCUCCCCGAUGCAGAAACCAAGCUCCUCACACUUGGUCGGCAGCUGCUCCACAGCGCCGGAAUCUCAGGUCUUCCCACACCUGCUCAGAUGCACUGGCACGUAUUGCAGUGGAACAGUGCAAGAGCAGGGAUCGUCGUGCUGACCGAAGAGGAUAUUGACAGGCAGCCAGCACAGCAGCUGGACUCAGCACACGUGGCCGCGGAGCACGCAGUGCCAUUCAUUGGCAAGGACUGUCCUUCCACGGCCUCAGAGUUUGCCCAUCCCGACGUUGCCAUCGGGUUGACGCUCCUGGCCUAUCGCUACGAGGGUCUUCGGAAGCAAGACUUCCUCCUCCUGCUGAAGCAGAAAUGGACGAAGAGAGAGGGCCACACGCAAGGAGGCCGGGAGGCUGGUGGCCGUGUCACCGGCUUCAGUUGGGUCGACGGCUCGGCCUCGGCCUCGGCUCGGCUUGGAGAGCAACCAGAGCGCUCCGAGGCUGGGCAGAUGAGGCUCGGUUGGAUUCCCCUCCUGCCAAUCAGCCUUUGCUUGAAGACGGACUGGAAGAGCCAGCUGCGAGCCAACGUGUGGCCUUUGGAGAGGGUCAGCCUGAAAGACAAGCAGCAGGUGCACCUGCUGUGGUGCUUGCUGCGACGCACAGUCGGUGCCGUCAAGUACUAUUUGUACGAGCACGUUCGAGCCCUAUACAGCUGUAGGUCGGCGUCUUGGCUUCAGUGGUACGCCUUCGGAGGUAUGGGCAAGAUCCACUACGAGCAGGGUUGCGACGCGAAGAUUCUGAGCACACUUCUGAAUGCCAAUGUCGUGACUCGGACGGAGACUCUCUCAGCAGGGUGGGACCCUGCAUUUCUUCUGCAAAGAGCUGCGACGGGGGAGUUCCAUGCGCUCAUCGAUGCGGGGGCAUUGGUGGCAGCCUCGAAGCUCCUCGAGUCAUUGCCGGCAUCCUCGUUUUUCGGAGUGGUGUUCUUGACUGAAGCGGAUGAGUCAGUGGUUCUGGUCCGAGACGGGCGCAUCUUGCCCUUGGCCGACUGCGGCUUGUCCCCAGAGCAGAGAUUCACGUUCUACGACCACGUGCAUACCACUGGGCUCGAUGUGCCGCAAGCUCCCUAUGCACGUGCUGCUCUGACGCUGGGUAAGGACAUGCUGUGGAGAGACUACGCACAGGCCGCUUUUCGUAUGCGAGGGCUCGGGCCAGGUGCGCAGACCUUACAGCUGCUGGUGCCUCCGGAAAUUCGUCACCUUGUAGUGGCAGCAGAGGAGGCCGAGGUCGACUUAGAGCCCGCGGCGCCGGUGACAAACUGCCCAGGGCCCAGAGAUACCAUGCUCGCCGAACGACGACCUCAUUUCCCUGAGCAGCGGCCCCCACCUCUGGGCCGAUCUGCCCUCGUAGCAUCAAGCUCUCAGGAUGUGCAGACAAGUCAGCCAGCGACCACACUCCAAUUUGGCUUGGAUUCGCUGCUGGCUUUUGAUGCCUUGGCACCUUCAAGCUACCCGAAGCAAGGCAUUCAGGAGCCGCUUCGUGCUGCCAUGCUCCGCAAAAACAGUGACUGCGCCGAAGACAGGCUCAGACCAGCCCUGAAGAGCACAAGAAAGAGCUCGCGGCGAUCCUGCGAUGGACGGGCGGCAACACGCUUGACAGUGACAUCAAGCAGUUCGCUUUGCUCUGUGAGCAGAAUGUGGAGGCUCUUUGGAGGCCCAACGGACUUGAGUCGUGCCUGGUCUGUAGUUCAGGGCAAGGACAAGGAGGCUUCAAUGGGACUGUCAGCAAGCUUGACAGUACUGCGGAUGCCCAGGGAAGAUGUGAUACCGAACGAUCCCGAUCCGCUGGUUGAGGAGCGAACACUCAGCGAGCGGCUGGCAGAGAGGCUUCGUGCACAUGCGCACUGGAUCACUCCAGAGGUACAGCAAAUGGGUAACGAGCUGAUUGCCGAGGCUUCGGGCCUCGAUCAACGAGGGCUGCUGGGAAAGGGAAAGCUCGGGCCGGGCUCGGUCUUCAAGGGCCUGGAGCAAGAGCAGGUACAGGAAGAAGAGCAGGAAGAAGAGCAGGAACAGGAGCAAGAGGAAGAACAGGAGCAGGAAGAGGAGGUGGAGCAGGAAGACGAGGAGGAAGAAGCCGCAGAUCAGAAGUAUUCGAGAGAAGACGAAGGCGAAUGCGCGUGGAAUCCCAAAAUCCUGUCCGAAGAUCCAAAGCUUGCCGAUGGCAGCUACACGUUCUACAGGUGCUGUGAGGGACUCUCUGUCUUCAAUGGCAAGCUGAUGCAGGCACAGAAAAGCCUUCGAUUUCCGCCGUGGUUCGUGGCAUCACAGAACUACUUUCGGCAGCAGUGGCGACUUAAGACCGUCCGGCGCCUGAAAUGCUGCUUGAUGCUAGCAGAGUGGGUGCCUGGCGGGCGCACGCGGGAGCUUCUUCAGCAAAUCGAGGGCAUCGCAUCCGACUCCGACGCGUUGCGUGCAGCUUUGAACGCCCUGGAGCUGGAAGGUGUGGAGGAGCUGACAGAGGCACAGUCGAAAUCCUUGAUGGAAUGCUUGCAUCUUCAAGUUGGCCAGAACCUCCCGGUUUCCAGGACGGUCGCUGACCUCGGCCGCUUAAUGCAGUCCGAGGCUCCCAUGUGCCCCAUCCAGCCUGGACGUUACUUUUGCUUAGUGUCCCUCCUGGAAGCGGAGCACUUGCGAGCUGUCCUUCACAGCCGCCCGCCUUUCCCUAUGGGCAUUGCGCUGCGUGCCCCUGUGGCUUUAGAAGGGCAGCCGCUGGACACCAGCAAUGAUUUCUCCCUGGGCCCUUCCUUUCAGGCCUUUGCUGCAAGCCAGCUGAGCCGCUUCGUAGAUUCAGAGGUCUCGUUUAGCGCGCGCGAGCUGUGUGCAGUGGACCUGUGCCUAAUGGGAAGCAAGCACGCUGAGCGCCUGGAGUGGUGGGAGCAAGUCCGGCAUUGUCGGCGUCGGGCCCAAGCCCGACCUGUGCCAUCGUUGUCUGUGGCUGCUUUGCUGCUUCCGCCCAGUAUUCGGCACAAGGCACGACUGGAGAGCUCCAUCGCCAAGGUAAGAACUGUCUUGAGACGGCGUGGCGCAAAUGCAAGGCAGCUGUUCGCUCUGCAGGCCGGAGGCAAGUGUCUGCACCUGAGCGCUCGAGAUCUCGCUCAAGCGCUUCAGCAGUUCGGUCUCCUGGAUGCGAUGGAGGCCGGCAGGCUCGCACUCACUGCAGCCAGGAUGGACGCAGAGGGUGUGACGAUGGAGAGAGCGAGUGUGAGCCUCUCGAGCUUCUUGCAGCUUAUGGGAUCGCUUGGGGGUGAUGACAUCGAUGAAGCCGAGGGCAAAGAAGCUGUUUUGGAAGCUGCUCCUUCGCCAUCUGCUGCACUGGCCGAGUGCCAGUUGAAUUUAGAGGCUGGGCGCUGGUCAGUCAAAGUACUGACGCAUGACCGCCUGGUCGAAAUCUGGACGUCUCGGAAAGUACCGGGAACUGAGGCGAGACCCUUCAGCAUCUGGCGGCCGGACCUGAAGUCUGGUGCAGCUGCCGGUGGAAACUCCAUUCAGCAAGGGCUCAGGAGCCUCGUGGGCGCAGGAAAUGGCCGCCUCUUCUUUCUGGGAGACAUCGGACGGCGGGGCCUGGAAGCGCCGACGGCAUGUUUGGUCGUGAGGAUCAAACCCUCGAAAAGCCCUCCCAAAGGAGGAGGACUUGGAUUAGGACUGGAUGCUUGGAUGUCGCGGUUCUUGCCGCGACCCGUCGCAUUCCGACUGAUUUGGUACGACAGACGCGGUGCCACAUCUGAAGCCUCCGCCCAAAGUCAGGGUUCGUCCGCUGCGCAAAGCCCAGGCGGUGAAGGCUUGUACGUGUGGCGGCCAGUUCCCCCGAGCGACCUCUACAUAGCUUUGGGUGCUGUUUGCACGACGGACUCUUCCGAGCCUCGGGGUGUCGACUUUCGCUGUGUGCCACGUGCGUGGCUGGUUCGUGGGGAUUCCCUGGGGCCAACUCUUUGGAGCUUGGGCGACCGGCAGGAAGUCCGGGUACAAGAAGCGCUAGGUGGAGUCAUCGCGUGCCCAACGGAGAACCUCCGAUAUCUUCCCAGCUGGGGAUUCAUAUCCGAGAAGUUCUUCGUUGGAUCGUGA